AUGAAAGCUCAUCAUCAGCAAAGUAAUGCAUCUGGCACAGGAGCAAAUACCAAAUCUGGUUGUGAUAAGAUGCAAAGCCUGAAAGCUAGUGCACAUAUCAACAAAUCAUCAGGCAAUAUGGCUGCAAAGCGCAGAAAGGGAGCCGAUUUCUCUCCUUUUGAAUCACAUACCGAAAGCAAGAUAGCAUCAAAGACUGGCGGUCUUAUGGAAGCACCAUCUAGGGAUGCUAAGAUGUUAUCUGCUCGGCCACCUAAUCACUCUGGAAAGAUCAAACUUCAACUUUUCCCAAUAGAUGAGACCAUUCAAGAGAUUAUGCAGCAAGAAAAACACAACCCUUACCUUGAAUUGACUUUGGCUCCUCGAAAGAAGAUGUCCUCGAUUGUACAGCAUCUGAAUACAAAAUGGGGCAGUUCUCAGUGUGCAAAAGGCGAGCUCAUGCUCUUCCCUAAUGAUACUAGACUGGACACUGUAGGUGGCAGUGCAAAAUGGACUCUUGAGGAUUCUUGCACAGCCGCUGAUGUGCAUGUUACAGUUGGCUCCCCUUCAACAUUUCGUUUAAGGUAUGGUUGGUUUGGGCCUGAAUUGAAGCAACAAAGUAGUGAACCAUCCUUGGCAUCAGCGCACUCUACAGACAAGACUAUUGGCAGCAAGCCACCUUAUCUUGUUUUCAAUGAACAGAAACAUAUGGCUGGUUCGGGUGAAUUUCCUAAUAAUUUUGUGACACCCUCUGUUGUGAAUAAUACAAAUACAUCACAAGUGGCGGAUAAUCCAAGCAAGGUGGCACCACUUUCAUGGCUUGACUCCAUAUCUAACAUUAGUUUUGGAGCACUGUUAUCUGAAGCUGCACCUUCUCAAGGCAGCAAGCAACCGCCUUCACAAAAUAACACAUGUCUCCAGCAGAUCCCCGUCACAUGUGAUUCAUUUGAUGCUGCUAUUGCUUCGCUGAUUGCGCGUCAGCAACCAAGUAACCAGCCAAAGGUGUUAAAUCCAUCCCUUUGGGAAGCUGAAGAAACUUGCCAUGCAUUUCCCUUCCAGAAUCAAACUUCACAAGCAUCAAGUUCAGUUCCUGGCAACAGCAUUGCUACUAUGUCCUCAUCUGUCUUGUGUGCAAUUCCAGAAACUGGCACAGAUGAUCAGCAAUGCGCUACUGAUGGUAGGAAGGAGGAACUAAACGGUCAAACAUCAGUACUGGGCGAUGAUAUUAAUGCAAAGCCAGAUAUCUCAAUGCAUGGGGACCCAGAGCCUGGAGCAUCUUGCCCCAGACUCUUGAGUGGAACCGACAGUAUAGGACUAAGCUCUUUGCUCACCGAUAGCCUGGAUGCAUUCCAGAAAUUCUCUGUUUUCUGA